AUGUUGCAUAUAGUUAACGAGAAUUCUACAAUAAUCAGGAUGUAUUCAAAUGAUAAAGCAUUUGUUAAAGAACCGUGGAAAUUAUCUUAACCCUACUUUGCAUUCUGAGAGAAGAAUCAAUCGUGUAAUGUAAAACAUGAUGUCCAAUGGUAUUCAAACUCCUGCAAAGGAAUCUGAAGAUGGCUCUACAUUAAACAAUAUAGGCUGCCUUUCAUCACCAUCAUUAACAUUAAACUCACCAUUAAUGAAGCUAUCUUCAUAUUUUUUGGCUGUUAGACCUUGGUCUCUCAGUGCUUCGUUAAUGCCAACACUUCUUGGAUCUGCACUUGCAUAUCGGUUAAUAGGUGUAGCGAAUUUUAGUUGGAUAUCAUUAAUUUUAACAUUAUAUACAGUUGUUUCUGUACAUGGAGCUGGUAAUGUCGUAAAUACUUAUUUUGAUUACAUAAAGGGUGUGGAUAGUCGAAAAAGCGAUGAUAGAAUAUUAGUUGAUCACCUUCUAUCAAAAGAUGAAUUGGUCUCAUUAGGAGCAAUAUUAUAUGCAGCUGGAUGUAUAGGUUUUGUUUUGUUAACUACAAUAUCUCCUGCAAAAAUGGAACACCUUGCUUUAGUAUAUUUUGGAGGUUUAUCUUCAUCAUUUCUUUACACUGGAGGAAUAGGUUUAAAAUAUAUUGCACUAGGUGAUGUACUUAUUUUAGUAAUAUUUGGUCCUAUUUCAGUUUUAUUUGCAUUCAUGGCUCAAACUGGUUAUGUUGAAAUAGGUACCAUAUAUUACGCAAUACCUCUUGCGUUGAAUACCGAAGCUAUUUUACAUAGUAACAAUACACGUGAUUUAGAAAGUGACAAACGAGCAGGAAUUGUAACAUUAGCCAUUUUAAUAGGAUAUACUGCUUCACAUGUUUUGUAUUCAUUUUUAUUAUUUACUCCAUAUAUAACUCUUGUAGUACUUGCACUAAGAUAUUCUGUAUGGUUCCUAUUGCCAACAAUUACCCUACCGACUGCAUUCAGAAUAGAAAAACAAUUUCGAAGUCCUCAUAUGAUUCAAAAUGUGCCUAAGCAAACAGCCCGGUUAAAUAUGUUUCUUGGAAUUUUAUAUGUUCUUGCUUGCUUGCUUGUAAAUCCUCUUCCUUAUGUAUAAUACAUUAUUAUACAUAAAAUUAUAUAGCAACAUUACCUGCAGUGGUUGGAAUCUUAAGUUAAAAUAAACAAAUAUGUAUAUAAACUGACAACUUAUACAUGCUAUGAAUUAGCACUUGUCAGUUAAUACUUUUUUCAUUUUCUAUUAUGAUUUUAUAAUGAUUUCUCAUUACACCAUAUUUAGUGAAUAUCACAUUUAGAAAAAAUGAGAAUAGACAUGAAACACUAAAUUAUUUUAUUACAUCAUAUUAUAUAUAAUUUAUUGUAAUACCAAGAAAAUUAAUAGAAAAAAGUUAUUUAAGAAGAAAGUUAUUUGUAUCAAUAUAUUGUUAUCCAUUAAUUUUUAUAACUCCAUGAUUAACUUGGCAAAAGUGUUAUUUCUUAAUCCUACAUUGCACUAAUCCUAUAAUUUGUACAAUAAAUUGCACAUAGAAUAUAAAUUCUGCUAGAUAUGUAACAAACAAAUGAAAUAUUAUAUGAAUUCAUUUAAUUAUUUUUUUUUUUAUAUAAUAAAUUUGAUUAGUUUUACAAAGAGUAAAAAGUAAAAUUAAUUCAUAAUUAUUAUAUAAUGCAUUGUAGGAUAAAGAUGAUUUAUGUAUAUAGAAUACUAGUAUUGUCUGAACCAUGUUAUUCUAAAAAUAUAGUGAGAUGUUUCUUAUGUAUGAAUGACGUACUUUUACUAUUGCAUUUCAUCAUGAAAUGAACAAUAUAAUUGUGCUGUAUAUACAAUCCAAAUGUUAUUAUCUAAUCAAUCUCUAUUUAUAUUCAAGUAAUAUGUGAAUGUGAGUUGUCAUUUAAUACAGUGGAAUCAUGGACAAAAAAGAAUAUGCAUAUUACAAGACCUAUGAUAUAAACAAAAUAUUGUAAUGCUAAACCAAAAAAUAUUUGUAUUCUGUAAUAUCCCUUAAGCAGAAAUAAUGAAAAAAAAAAAGACAAUAAAUAUAUCUAUUGGAUUACUUAUAUCAUAAUAAUAAUCUGAUCUCUUAUUAUAAAUAAGCAUAAAUUAAUUUUAUUUUGCAAUGAAGGAAGUAAUUUUUGGUAUAUUUAUAUCUAAAAAUCAAUAAAAUACCUUAAUGAGAA